AUCGUCGUCGUCGUCGUCGUCAUCGUCAUCGUCAUCGAUCCAUGUGUUUUCGCCGCUCCGACUUGAUCGAAAAUGUUUCACGCGCGAUCCUCGAGAGAAGGAGCGCGAAGAAGCUGGCGCGAUAAACAUAAGCUUCCAGCUGCGUAAAGACGCGAAACGCGAAAUGAGUGAGAGGAACGAUUAAAACGACUAAAUUGGAACACGUUAAAUGUUAGACAAACAAUGAGCUAUGAUAUCCGCUCUUGAGCAUUCAGGCACGAGUGGCGCGAUGCAUUUCAACUCUUUCAGCCGGCUAUUCUCCUAGUAACACACGCACUCUCGACACGCACAAGCACAAGCGGUACGGUCGAGGUUCUUUGAGAAAGAUAGGCGAGAUAUUUCCGCGCGUUCUUUAAUGGACGCUACGUCGAUCCUAGUUGCAUUCUGUCGAAGAGACGUCUGCGAAGAAAACAAGAUUCGAAAGGAGGAAGAGGAGAGACCUUGAGACCUCUUUGCGGAGAAUUUUAUGGAUAUAUGUAUGAAGAUACCGGCACGAAUACUUCAAAAUAUGCGUUCGCGCGCGCGCGCGCGCGCGCGAAAUCUGCGAUCUGGCAACGUGAUUCUUACGGAAUGAUGAAUGGAUUCGUUCGAACGAUGUACGCGACGAGAUCGAUGCGGAAUCGAUCUCUCGAUAAAUACAUAUACAUAUAUAUAUUAGUGAGCACUUUCGAGAGCGCGAGAAAACGCUGAAUACGUUUAGAACGAAUAUAGAUGCGCGUGUGCAUCAAUAGGAUUUACAGAGAUGUCGCGAAUUUCAAAUCGUAUCGCCACAAUUAGCGCGGCUCUCGGCAUCGUUUUGCUCGUGAUAUUGCUAGUAAUCUUGUGGUCGAAUGUGCGCAACGUAGACAGGAUCGGAGAUGUUGGCCGAACGCGGAACGAUUCAACGGUCGAUCGCAUCGUCGCUAUCGAUGAAGCGCGAGAGAAGCAGACCGACAGUGUUGCAUGGAUUACUACGACGUUGGACUCGAUCGAGCAGAAUUUUACAAACGAGGUGCUUUCCAAGGGAACGCAAAGUACGAAGAAACACAAUAACGCAUCAUCGAUCGAUGUGUUGCCGUUCGCCAAGGGUAAUCUAGAAUACGUCAAGCCUUUCAAAAUUAGUCAAAAUCAGUAUGAAGAUCCACCCGAAGAAUUUUCCACGGCAAAGAGACAUCACAGUGGUCACUUUCGACAUACGUCAGCCGAAGUUUGGGAUCCUCAUCCGCAAUACGAAUUUACCGCCUUUGGAAGACGAUUUCGUUUGCGAUUGGCGCACGACGCCAGUUUCGUAUCUCCCGAUCUAAAGGUGACGCAUAUGAGCGAGAACACAACUAGAAGAGAACAUGCUGGUCAUCAGUUGGGUUGCUAUUACAGCGGGUCAGUCGAUGGCGAUCCAAGUUCAGCGGUCAGUGUCAGUCUUUGUCACGGAAUGACUGGUCACGUGAAAACGUCAAUGGGAAGCUACUUUAUUAAACCUACCGAACAUUGGCGCGAGGGCGACAAGGAUUCACUUGGAUCUUCGUUACAACACGCAAUCUACCGCGUACCCGCGACAGUGUCCAACUCGAACGAUAAUUCCAACUUUCAACAUAUUCCCGUGAACAAAGUUGAGAGUCGCAACUGUGGUGUGAUAGAUACAUAUGACUCGGACGACAGACCCGCCUUGUUAACGGACGAUACUUCUGCUCAUAAAAUUUACGUCGGGGCACGUCCGCGAGAGCGUAGAUCAUUGAUGACAACACGAGAAACCGCAUCGCUGGAACAAGAGCAAGACGAGCGGGAAUACGAGCGAUUCGCAGAACAGACCGUGCACCGUCUGGAUUUUUCCCAAAAGGUGGAUUACGACGACAGCUACCAGAACGAGAAGUAUCCAAAAAUGGACUCGGAUUCCUUCGUAACAUGGAGAUCACGGCGAGCCUUACCGCGUGAAUAUUUCAUCGAGAUCAUGGUGGUGGCGGAUGCGAAAAUGGUGGAAUAUCAUGGCAGCGGCUUAGUCAGUUACAUUCUUGUCCUAAUGAGCACGGUUUCUCGUAUUUACAAGGACCAAUCCAUCGGCAAUCCGGUGAGUAUAGCUGUGAUGAAGAUUAUCAAGACUGACGAGGUAUUUGGUAUCAAACAUAGCGGAAGCGACGGAAUCGCGGCGGCCGAGAUGCUGAAACAAUUUUGCCAGUGGCAGAAACGCAACAAUCCGGAUGAACCCUCGCCGGAACAUCACGAUGCUGCGCUUCUUUUAACCAGAGAAAAUUUAUGCCACAAUCCGGGUCAAAAACGUUGCGAUACAUUGGGCUUGGCUGAGUUGGGUAGAAUGUGCUCGCCAGGAUCUUCAUGCGCCAUCGUACAGGAUAAUGGAUUAGCCGCGGCGUUUACCAUCGCGCACGAGAUUGGUCACGUGCUCAACAUGCCACACGACGACGAUGCCAAAUGCGCAGGUUUCAGGAAUCGUUCGGGUGUACACAACGUGAUGUCCCGCAUGCUGGAUGAUAAUACUUUUCCCUGGGAAUGGUCCAAGUGUUCCCGAUACUAUGUCACCGAAUUUCUCGAAGCUGGAUAUGCCAAUUGUUUGCUAGACGAACCAAACAAAACGAUGGAGAGACAGGAUGGUCGAUUACCUGGCGAGGAUUAUUCGGAAAACAAACAAUGUGAGCUCGUCUUUGGACAUGGAUCUAGAAUCUGUCCUCACAUGGUGAGUGAUGUGUGUAGGAGACUAUGGUGCACCGCGCCACUGUGGGAUCAUCAUCAACAAUGUCACACCCAGCAUAUGCCGUGGGCCGACGGUACACCCUGCGGUGUCGACAAGUGGUGUCAUCGCGGCGAGUGUGUCUCGCGCAGGAAUCUUGAGCCGGUAGACGGGCAGUGGGGCGAAUGGGGAAGAUACGGCGAAUGUUCGCGGACUUGCGGCGGCGGUAUCAAGAGAAAGUAUCGUGAAUGCGAUAAUCCGGCACCAAAGAACGGCGGCAAUUACUGUAUCGGCGAGCGCGUCAAAUAUCGCAGUUGCGGCACCAGAGAGUGCCCGCCAGGCAGUUCAGAUUUCAGAGAACAACAAUGCUCGAAAUUUGACAACAACAAUUUCAACAUUCAAAAUCUCGCUAGGGAUGUCAAGUGGCAUGCAAAAUACACUAGAAUAUUACCGCAAGACCAUUGCAAACUAUACUGCCAAGUGGAAAGCAAUCAGUAUUACAUGUUAGGUGAUAAAGUAAUCGAUGGGACACCCUGUGGUCCCGACACUUUUCACAUAUGCGUUAACGGCCAAUGCAAGCCGGCUGGAUGCGAUCACGUUUUGAAUUCGACGGCCGAACUCGACACUUGUGGAGUCUGUAGAGGCGACAAUUCUACUUGUCAGAGAAUCACGGGCUCCUACAACGCUAGUGUAUACGGUUACACGAAAGUAGCUAAAAUCCCUGCCGGUAGCAGCUAUAUCGACAUUAGACAACACGGAUGGCUAGACUCUCAUAAUGACAGUAAUUAUCUUGCGCUACGAAUUGGAGAAGACGGCGAAUAUAUCCUAAAUGGCAAUUUUAUGGUAAUGCACCGUAAGGUGAUCGUGCAUCCGGGAGUCACCAUCGAAUACAGCGGACCAGAAUCAGUUGUAGAACGUUUAAAUAGUUCCCGGCCUAUUGUCAUCGAUUUAAUUUUGGAGGUGUUAUCCGUAGGCAAUGUGUAUCCACCGCAAAUCACAUACGAGUAUACUGUACCGAAAAAAGUUCUAAACAGCUUCACAUGGUUGCUCAGCGAUUGGUCGACAUGCAAUCGAAUGUGCCAGGGAAUGAAAUAUCGUAAAGUCAUAUGUAGGAGCACCGAGCACAAGGACGAGGUGCCCGACGAUUAUUGCAAAGGCGAGGAAAAGCCGCAAGAAGACAGUCAGAUAUGCAAUGCAUAUUGCACGCUGCAGUGGCAGAUGAUUUCUGUGUCCGAAUGCUCAAAUCAUUGCGGCCCAGGCGUGCGAACCGUUACUUGGCGAUGCGUUCAAAUCUUGUUAGAUUCGCCGUCGCAUCCCCCGCGACCAGUACCGGCGCAUGCAUGCUUGCAUAUUGAAAAACCGAGCGAGCAUCAAUCGUGUGUAGGCCCGUGCGACGACGCUCAUUGGAGUUACAGCGAAUGGAACGCCUGCAGUGUCUCGUGCGGAGGUGGUGUACAAUUAAGAAGCGCGAUAUGCGUAGAUUCAAACGAGAGGCAGGUACGAAACGAGAAUUGCGCCAGACAAGAAAAGCAUCUCAAGAGGAUAUGCGGCCAAGAGGCUUGUCCGAAAUGGGAUCUAGGAGAAUGGAGUCCGUGUUCCGUGACUUGCGGCGUGGGAAAACGGCACAGAGCCUCUUGGUGCCAAGUCGAGAAUCGCGUAGUACCGCGUACCUUCUGUAGCGGUACACCGAUCGCAACGACAGAAAUCUGCGCUGCUGAUCCCUGUUAUCAUUGGCAUACCGGCGAUUGGAGUCCGUGUUCGGUGACAUGUGGUGAAGGAAUAUUGCGCAGAAAAGUCGUUUGCCAGAAUGCCGAUGGUGUGACGAGCGACGAAUGCCCCAUACCCGAGAAACCGGAGACUUCAAUUGCUUGCACACUAAAACCAUGUCUCAGUGUCGUCAGUCUGCCACCCAUCACUUAUUCAUCCAAUCCCCCGCGCGAAGAUCCCUCUCAACAGGAUAAUGAAAUCGACAGCAAUGGUAUUACGUUCCAUUCGGGUUACAAAUGGCACAUAGGAUCUUAUGGAGAGUGUUCACAAAAAUGCAAUGUUGGAUACAAAAGUAGAAUAGUGAACUGCAUAUCCUCGGAAACGGGAGUAGUCGCGCCCGAUUAUUAUUGCGACUCUAUUCAACAACCGAUGGUCAAAAUUGCAUGCAAUCGUCAUCCAUGCCCAACUUGGAAUACCGGUGAUUGGAGCGAGUGCAACGUAGGAUGCGGUCAUGGAUUCCAGCAUCGCCAAGUUCGCUGCCAAAGUCAUCGUGGUGAAAUUUUGCCGGACGAAGAAUGUACUGACGAACAACCGAAAUACGUGCGGAGAUGUCAAAAAGAAUCUUGCAAAAGUAAUCCUAAAAACCCUAGGGAGAAUAACUUGGAAUCUAACAUCGUCCGCAGAUGGAAAAUGUCUAAUUGGACCCCCUGCUCGAAAUCCUGCGGUACGGGGGUUCAAACCCGAAGAGUGGAAUGUACAAUGAGAAGAGGUAGCCAUGGGCCGGAAAUACCCGUUAAGGACGAGCAGUGCUCGAAAUCGAAAUCACGCAAGCCAAAAUCGCAGAGGUUAUGCCAACGCGUUGCUUGUGAUUAUAUCUGGCAAGAAGGCACCUGGUCGGAGUGUUCAGUGGAAUGUGGCGAAGGAAUACAACAUCGUACAGUCACUUGUCAUCGAGUGAAUCGCUAUGGAUGGAUCGAUCCAACCCCAACCGAAGGUUGUCUAACGGAUCAGAAACCGGCCGAGGAUCAAAUUUGUAAACUACGAGAGUGUAGCGAUAAAUAUUAUUGGGUUGCUGGCAUAUGGAGGAAAUGUAGUCAUCCUUGUGGACGCAAAGGUCGACAAAUCCGUAAAGUUUAUUGUCACGACGCAAUCGGCAAAAAGGUUGCACGGUUUCAUUGUCCAAUCGAAUAUAAACCGCAACGAAAACGUAAAUGCAAUCAAAGAAGAUGCGGACCAGUCACUUGCCUUGAAAUUCAGAAACGACUCAAAGCUACCACAGACGGUGAAUAUUCAUUAUUAAUUGGUGGUAGAAAUAUGACGAUUUAUUGUCACGGAAUGUCGAGCGUUGAGCCACGAGAAUAUCUGACAUUGCCAGCUGGUGACAACGAGAAUUAUGCAGAAAUUUACGAUAAAAGGUUGAAAAAUCCACACACGUGCCCGUUUAAUGGUCAAAGGAAUGAUAGCUGCAACUGUGUGUCCGAAUUGGGGACAGUUUCUGGUAGGACAAUGUUCAAAAGAGUGCGCAUAGAUCCUGCAAAACUCUACAUUAUAGCAAAUGAUUACACGUUCUCGUGGACGAAAGGAAUGAAACGCGUGGAGUAUGGCAAAGCUGGUGAUUGUUAUAGCCUUAUUGAUUGUCCGCAAGGACGUUUCAGCAUCAAUUUAAGAGGGACCGCAUUGGGAUUAUCGCCAACAGUUACAUGGGUUACGGAAACUUCAAGCGCUUUUUUCACAAUCAAUAAAAUCAAUGAUCAGCGAAUUCUCGGUAAAUGUGGCGGUUAUUGUGGCUUUUGUAAGCCGAAGACAGGCCUAAAACUGGAUGUAUUAUCUCCCUAGUCACAGCCAUCAAGUUUUCGUACUACAUUUAUUUGUUCUAUAUAUCCCGCGACAUGAGCCGUGAUAUUAUAUUUAACCACCGAUUUGCUUUAAACACGAUUAGUUUCUUAGUAGCUUUCGAGAUAUAUAUAUGUGUGUGUGGGAUAAUGAUACCGAUUGGCGAGUUGCUGAUCGAUAUAACAAGAUGCACAUGACACAAUGUAUAAGCUAUCACUGCCAUCAUGUGUGCGAUUAUAUAAAUUAAAAUUUUGAGUUAUAAAGCCUAUAUUGUUUUGAACAUAUGUUGCGUUUCAUGAUGGUUCGUAAACAAUGUUCUAAAGUCGAAUUUUUAUACAUUCUAUUAAAUAAUCUAUGAUAAUGUGCAUAAGAGUAAAUAUUUGCGACAUAGCAAGAGACGAUCGUUUUGAAAGCAGAUAGAAUAUAGUCAAAGAUCCAUAUUUUAUCCUAUCAUAGUUGCAAUAGUUUUCUCCUUUAUCCAGUGAAUUUAUCACUAUAAAAUGUAGAUAGUAAUACGCAUGUGUGUUUGCGCAUUUAAAUAUGCAAAGAUAUUUAUGCCAAAUUAACAAUAUAAUCGUGCUGUGUUUGUAGAAGGUAUAGCGUCUUUAUAAAUGUAAAAGUAAAAAACUUGAAAAAAAUAAAAGGAAAACAAAGAAAUAUUCUCUAUUCUUUGAAAUAUUUUUCUUUCCAGUUAUAGAAGCGGUUUUUUCCCCUCUUUCACGCACGACAGAUUGAAUUCAGCAAAUAUAACAUAGAAAAUUAAUAAAAUAUUUAUUAUUACAUGUAUUUUAUACAAAAACUUGAAAUAAUCGAUAAUGACGCAUUAUAUUCUACAAACAUUUUACGAUUGAUGUUACGCUCUCUUUUUAUAAUUUUAUGAUUCUACAGUUUGUUUUUAUCGAGAUUCACUGCCGUAUUUUUAUAAUGCUCUAUCAAUUUUAAAAAGAAGAAAUAUUAAGGAAAAA